CAUGCGCAGUGCCGGCGGCGAAGGGUGAUCUGAAGGUGGCCAUGCCGGCCCAGGUGGAGGUGCCGCCGCUGGAGGAACUGGACGUGCCGGAGCUGCCCGUGGGCACCGCGGUCCUGAAGGCGGGCGCCCACCACUAUGGCUCCCAGUGCGACAGGAUCAACAAGGAGUUCAUGCUGUGCCGGUGGGAGGAGAGAGACCCGCGGAAGUGCCUGAAGGAGGGCAGAGCCGUCAGCCAGUGCGCGGUGGACUUCUUCAGGCAGAUCAAGCUGCACUGCGCCACGCCCUUUACCAACUACUGGACCUGCAUCGAUGACUCCGAGAUGCUGGAGUUUCGGCAUUGCCGGAAGCAGCAGCAGCUCUUCGAUGACUGCGUGCUGGAGAAGUUGGGCUGGGUGAGGCCUGAUCUGGGGCAGCUGGCCAAGGUCACCAAAGUGGAGACUGACCGUCCCAUCCCCGAGAAUCCCUGCCAUUCCAGGUCAAGACCACCACCAAACCCGCCGGCUGAAGGCGAGUACAAGCCUGCUAGAUAUGGUAACCGAGGUAUUUUCUGGAGUUGGUAGGGAAAAAACUACGUCUGUGCAUGUACACCAGCUACUAAACAGUGAGUUUGUUGCUGAUUGUAAAGUACUCUUCCUCAGUGUCUGAUGGAUCUCAUCUGUAUUCAGCAGGCAUUAAAUACAUACCCUGUGAACGGCC